CUUGGCGAUUAUAUGCAGAGGCCCGUCACACGAUAGGAUAUCACUUGAAUACCUAGUAGGCACGUAUCAGCAAGACCAGAGUAUUAUUGCCCAUUUCCCGACACCCUUUGCUACUUUUUGUUUCUUCGAACACUUUGCUUUCUUCCACACUCUGCUCUCGUCUACAUAUGUACAUCUUGGCCUACAGAGUAUUAGCAAGAGCUCUUACUAGUCCUCAGGCAUUGCUUUUUCUCAGUUAUCACUACUUCACAUAGCCCAGUAAAAAGAGUUAUACUUACUCUAUCUACCACUAUGGAUCCUGGCUCUUUAGAUUUUGAUCAUAUUCCGGCUAUGGAGCCUCCGACGGGUGUGAUCCCGAACUUCGAGACUCCCGACUCUUUAGCUCCGGCUGGCAAAAUCAUGUACAGCGUCGCACUACCCGUAAUGAUAAUUAUCGUCAUCAUUCGUCUCUAUACGAGGUUGCAUAUAACUCGUGCAAUUGGUGCAGAUGACUGGCUUUGUAUUGCCGGGACGGCAGCUGUUAUAUCCUACUGUGGUGUUUCUCUGUCUAUAUUCGAAAAGGGAUAUCUUGGACCUCAUCAAUGGAACGUCCCGCUCAGUACCAUCACCCCGGAAUACAUUCGAGGGUCUGUUGUUGUAACAUGUCUCUAUGGCGCUAGCUCUAUAUUCAUCAAGACAUCACUUCUUGUAUUAUAUCUACGUAUUUUUCGGCCCUCCAGUGCUGCGACUAUAAUAAUAUGGCUAGGUAUUGGGUUGAUAGUAGCCUUCUAUAUUACUACCAUUAUUUCAACUGCAGUCUUUUGCAACCCGUUGCUGUGGCCACCAACAUCCAACCCCAUUGAAUUCGCAGCGGCGCAAAACAAGGGCAAAUGUAACCAGCCACAGUUACAUUUAUCGGCAGUCCGAGGAAUAUUUAGCACCGUCUCGGAUUUCUAUGUGUUGGCUAUUCCCACGGUUUUGAUUUGGAGCCUUCAGCUCCCCCUUAUGCGUCGUGUCGGCAUUGUCGCUAUCUUCCUUGUUGGGUUAAUUGCUACUGGUAGCUCGAUAGCUACAGUGGUGUUCCGUUUUCGACAAUUGAAUUCCGCUGAUUUCUCAUGGUAUUCUGCCAUGAAUAUGAUCCUUGGGGGUGCGGAAUUAAUGGCGGGCAUCAUUUGCAGUUGCUUGCCUGUAGCCUUCGUGACCUUCAGGCGAGUUACGAUAACAUCUUGGAUAUCCCUUACGCAUUAUGUUAAGACACUUCGGUCCAGGCCCAAUGGGGUAAUCACUGAUAGUAACGAGUCGAAGCUUGUGAAAGACUCAGUAGUUUCGACCAAUAAACUACCAAAGAUUCCUCGGGCAACGAUUACUGGCCUCAGAACUUUCAUGUGGGGCAGUUCUCGGGGCCAACCGAGAGAGUUAUCAGAGCUAUCGACCUACAAUGAGAUCAACUCUAUUGAUGACGAGUACCAUUUACAACUCAAGAGCGCGCAACAUACGGUUUCCCCUUUAUUACCCCUUUCAGCAAGGACUGCGCCAUCCAGGUCUACGGGUUUCUAGAACGUUAGUAACAGAUCAAGUGUGUCGGUUGGAAUGACUGUUUCUUGGGUAGCCGUUUACUUAUCUGUUUUAUGUAUUAAUUAGUGUUUUCAUAAUAAAUUCGUCC